AUGGCCCCGAGCAAGAAGCGACAUGGACUAGACAACCCAGAAAGAGUAGAUCAGAUACCUCACCGUGGCGAGAAAUUUGAUCGCGCCAGGAGCAGAUCGAUUCCACGACGCCCUCCGCGGCAGAGUGCCCCCAAGGCAAUUCGCAGAGACGAGGCGGUGGACUUUCUUGAGGACAUAGCUUCUGAACUAGACGACGCCAAAGUGCAAUGCGACUUUGAUUUCGACUCUUCAAAGAGCUUCCUUCCCAGGCGCAAGAUCCUGGAGAUCCUCACUCCAGAGAGGGUACGGCAAAUCGUUGGGUGUUUGAGCUGUUUUGAGCAAAGCUCGAACAAGGACCAAAUAGCAACAGACAUAUACUACGGGUCUGGCGGUGGGUCUCGCAGGCCAUGUCUGAGACUAUUGGCUGUCCUCAUCGGCAUCGAAAAAGCGGAAGAUAUUCAAAAGCUCAUGAACGACGGGAUGAGCGAUGCUUGCCUUCCCAUGGGCAUACCGCCAGGCACCUCGGGGAAGCUACUGUUUUGUGAGCACCACAGAACCGCGCACAAAACAAUCAAUAAGUACCGUCGUCUGGAAACUCGCCAAAACUUCUCCCAUUGGUCUUAUAGCUUGGUAUCGCCCUUCAUCCAAGGGGAUAAGAAGGUCCAUGCACAUUACGUCCUACACCCAGGCGAUGUACUGCCCAUGAAAGUUGCCAGAAAGGUGGAGAAGGACGACGGUUCGGCGUAUGCACUUGGCGCGUCGGAGGCUAACAGUGUCAACCUGUACGGAGGUUUCUCUGAUGUCUACAAAGUCAGCAUAGACAGAAGCCAUUACGACUUCGCUGACGACCAUGGGAUGCGACACCCGAGGGGGUUCUUCGCCCUAAAGAAACUCACUUCCAACUCCCGCGACAAUUUCGACCUCGAGCUGUCGUCGUUGCUAUUUUCCAUGGAUCAAUAUCCUGGUGAUAAAAGACGAAAGCAUCUGAUUCAAAUACUAGCGACGUUCGAGAUGCCCAAUAUCGCAGUUGCGGGUUCGACCUAUUACCUCUUGUUUGACUGGGCUGAAGGAAGUCUGAGCGACUUCUGGCACAGAAAUUCGCAGUACGUCGGAGACAAGACACAUUGCAGAUGGAUGAUUCAGCAGUUUUACGAGAUCACCGAGGCUCUAGGUUGUGUCCAUAACGAGCGCUUGCAAACGUUGACCUCACUCAAUGAUAGCAGGUUCAAUGACGAUGGGCUCUAUGGUCGGCAUGGGGAUAUCAAGCCGGGAAAUCUCCUCUGGUUCCGUUCCACCACAGACUCGCUUGUUCUAUCCGACUUCGGACUGGGACGACUCCAUACCCAGGUUUCACGAUCCAAACAAGUUCCUGGUCUCCUCGACAGAUCACCCACCUACCGCGCUCCGGAGUUUGAUCUACCACAUGGCCUCGUCUCGCGCGUAUCUGACAUCUUCAGCCUCGGCUGCGUGUUCUUGGAGUACAUCACUUGGUUCAUGAGAGGUCUCGACACCAUGCAGACGGUCUUCCCAGAGAGCAGACUCGAGGAUGAUGUUCACGGUUUCCAGGCAGACGUCUUCUUCACGAUCAGGAAGGACAGCCGAGGCACAUUGAGGCCAGAGCUGAAAGAUGUCGUCAAGAAAUGGAUUAAGGACUUGCAGGCCGACGAGAAUUGUAGUUGCUUCCUAGACCAGCUACUCGACAUCAUCAAGGACAAGAUGCUCCAGCCCGACCCGAAGAAGAGGAUCGAAUCCGGUUUGCUCAUCAAACAGAUGAAGUCCCUGCGGAGGGCCUGCGAAGAUAACCCAAGCUUCUAUCUCAAGACCAAGAAGGAGUCUUGA